AGUCGAGUUCGAUCCGUGUUUCCGUCAAUCGGUCGCUGUCGCGGCGUUCGUGUGUCUCUCCAGGGCGACCGUGGACCGUUCCGGGACCGAUGUGCAACAGCAGCUCAUAAAAGCAGGCAGAAGGACGAGUUCAUCUUUAUCCACGAAUCCAGCAUCUGCAGGGUAUCUGGUUGGUGACCUUGCUGCCAGCCCUUCGGGAGUCCCCCUCCCCGGCUUUGAAUGCACUGGAAGUUGUGUCUGUCUCGGGCCGAGCACAAAUCUUCGCACAUCUUGUGACCUCCCGGCAAGAGAGAGGACAAAUACGGCAAAUUGCCGCUGCUUGAUGUUCGGAGUGACGCAUUACGUAAUGUCCCCGCGUUUGUCAGUGUGAACCGCCACAAUCCACAAGUUUUUUUUCUUGCGACCGACCGGUCAUCAACAACUCUGCCCACCAAGCAGAACGCAAGCGUCUUUCGCAGCGUCCAUUGAAGGAACGGAUCGCGCGUCACGACUCGUUUCGGAGCACUCAGUAUGGAAUCGAAGAUACCAUCAGACGACAUGUUGUCGCCCGAGGGGCACAGCGCCGACUUCGGGCAGCGGUUCAACGAACUGCGCAAAAACAAUCAUCUAGUCGAUUGUUCGUUCCGCGUGAACGACGCGAUCUUCCAUUGCCAUAAGCUGAUCCUGUCCGCGGCCAGCCCGGUGUUCGAAACGAUGUUCUAUGGCGCGCUGGCCGAGAAGCAGACGGUCCACAUCGCUGAUAUUAAACAAAACGUGUUCGAGUGCAUGCUUGAGUACAUUUACGCCGGGUCCAUCGACUUUGAUGGCAUGAAAAACAUAGAAGAGCUGCUGGAGCUGUACUACUGCGCAGAGAAGUACAUGAUCGACAGUUUGCACAAAAAGUGCGUAAACUACUUCGGCAAGAACAUUAAACCGAACAACGUGCUGAAAAUACUCGACAUAGCGUACCGGAUGAACCUGGACGAUAUUAUCUACUCGUGCAUGUGCGUUUUGCGGCAUUUUCUGUCGUCCGGCAUGAGUCUGAGCAACAUUAUCCUCGAAAGUAACCACCACCUGUCGAAGGACUGUGUCGAUCUGAUACUGGAGGAUAAUUACAACAUUACUGGGGUGAAGGACAACAUUAUCUGCCUCGUGCGGGCCUGGUGUAUCACCGAGUGCGAGCAGAACCGGCUCGAAAUCAGCCCGGACAGCAUGAAGACGGUGCUCCAGGAUAUCGAGCUGCCCGACACGCUCAAGGACACGAUCGUGGGUUGCAGUUUUACAAACUUCACACCGAUCGCCGGUGACAAAUCCGGUUGGAUACCGGUGCAGCGUAUACACUACAAGGCGGUGCGGCCACUGAUAAUUGGGGACGAGAUGGAGUUCGAAGCAAGCGUCAGCAGCAAUCGGUUCAUCGUGCUCAAAUCGCUCAGCAUAAACAGCCGCUUGUUGCCACAGCUAACCCUCGGUGAUGUGCGGCAGGAAACAUACACGGAAAAGCUUAGCGUAGAAAUCUCCACCAAGUGUAGCAACACCCGACAGACCAUCUACCAGAAGGAGCAUAUAAUCUGUGAUGUAGCGUUUAACGGUAGCCUCCAGGUGAGCCUGACGGAACAGAUCGUACUCUUUCCCGACGUUGUCUAUCUAGUGCGCCUUCGCUGGGACGCGGCCAGCCUCGGUUACGAGUAUCCACGCAGCAUACUGUCCGCGUACGGAAAGUGUAAGCAGCUGCUGGUGAAUUUCAACGAAAACGUUUGUUUCCAGUCCAGCGGUAGCAUACUAAAUGGGAUCGUUUGUGAUCUUUACAAGUGAAUCUGGCGGCACUGUGAACUGAACUGACGAGCUUUGCUCCUGAUUGAACUAUCCUA